AUGGGGUCGCAACAGCACAAGUAUGAGAACAUGGCCUUAGACGACCGCGAUGACAGAUCGAGCACGGAAGUCGAGUCGUUGAUGGAUGGAGAAGGCAAGGUGUGGCACGAUGUAGACCUACAGAGACCGACCAGGAGGUCGAGGACAAGCAGGAUAUGUGGCGUCCUGAACUCCUUCAGGUGGCUCAUCGACACAACCUUACUGCUCAUCAUACUUGGAUUCGUUGUGCGGUCAUAUUUAAGGGAGAAACCGGUGAACCCGACUGAUUACGAUUUCCUCGGAGAUAUGACAGGUGUUGGUCCCAAAUUUUCCCAGCAGAUCACCACGUUCGUCAACGAUGAGGAUUACGCGCCAUACAACACGUCCGAGUUCUUCAAGCCUGAAGUCCUGGACAGGUGGAAUAAGCUUAUGCCUCUUGGCAUGGGCUUUCAGUGGGUGAAGGAGCCGGAGAAGUACCACGACCUUCCCAAGCCGAUUGAAUGGGGAUUUGACGAUGAGGGCAAGGAGAUGACAGUCUUCACCACUUCCAUGACCCACCAGCUGCACUGCCUCUGGGCGAUCGUCCAGACCUACUCCGGUCUCUCGUCCGGCCACGAGAUUCCCGAAGACCACCACUGGCACAUGAUCCACUGCUUCAGCUACAUGCGCCAAGCCAUCUUGUGCGCUGCUGAUACCGCCCUCGAGGGCCAUGCCACCACAUUCCCCAAGGACAACUCGGGCUCGGACGGAUGGGAUGCUAAGCAUGUGUGCAAGGACCAGAGCCAAGUCCGAUCAUACCUGGAGAGCGUACGGGCCUACAGCGACCAACAGAUCUACUAA